GAGUAUUUAUAAUUUUAUUUGUAAUAUUGACCGGCAUGAACCGGCACAAACCGGUAUGUACCACCGAUCGAACCAUUCCACUUGCUAAAUCGGCACACUGGCAUAAACCGGUUUGACAACCUUCGAGUCUCACUCCAAUUUAACUAAAGCGACACCGUUUUGAUUUUAAAAACAAAAAAAAAAACAAAAAUGGAAGGGCCGUCUCCGAUCGCCAAAUCCAAGUCCAAAUCCCUAAUCACUCAAGGAGACAACUCCAAAUCGCCGUCUCCCUCGCGCCUUCCAGCUCCUCCAUCGCCAUUGAGGCCAACGCGCCGCCUCCAUUGCUCCACCGCUGCAUCCUUCUAGCUCCGACCGACGUGCGCCGUUAGCUCGGCCGCUAACUCCAUCGCUCCACCGCUGCAUCCUUCCAGCUCCGACUUAUGUUCGCCGUGCCUCCACUUCUGUUUCCUUUGCCAUCUCAGAGCAUUACAUGAAUUCCCACUUGAAAAGUCGUUUGUAUAUCAGUCCGGGCUCGCCGCCGUUCCACUUUCUUCGGGCCAUUGUCCAGAGCUUUCAUCUCUGCCACCGCUAUUACGCUGCUAAACCUCACUAUGACAAUGACCGGAGAUUUAGGAGAAAAGAGGCAUCUGAAGGAGAAUUACUACAUCUACACAAGAGUAAAGGCCAACACUUGCUCACAAACCCACGAAUUCUGGAUACGAUUGUUCGCAAAUCUGCCAUCAAACCGACGGACACCGUCUUAGAGAUCGGACCGGGGACGGGAAAUCUCACACUCAGGCUUCUUCCGGUUGCCAGAAAGGUUGUCGCGGUUGAGCUAGACAGAAGAAUGGUGGAAGUUUUGCACAAACGCGUAGCCGAGAGCGGGUUCCAGGACAGUCUCUCUGUUAUUUGCCAGGACGCGUUGAAAGUAGACUUCCCGCCAUUUGAUCUCGUAGUGGCUAAUAUUCCCUAUGGCAUAUCUUCACCUCUGAUCAUCAAGCUGGUUUAUGGAGAGAACCCAUUUCAGAGUGCCACACUUCUGCUUCAGAAAGAGUUCGCCAGGCGGCUGCUGGCAAACCCUGGUGAUUCCGAGUUCAACAGGCUUGCUGUUAACGUGAAAUUGGUGGCCGAUGUCGAGUUCGUGAUGGAUGUAAGCAAGAGGGACUUUCACCCUUGCCCCAAAGUCGAUUCCUCUGUGGUAAUAAUUCGUCCUAAACCCGAGGUCCCAGAAGUGAACCUUGCCGAGUGGUGUUCUUUCACAAAGACAUGUUUUGGCAAGAAGAAUAAGACUCUCGGGGCGACUUUUAAGCAGAAGAAGAAGGUACUGGAGCUGCUGGAGUUGUCUACUCGGACAGUUUCCGAUUCGAGAAACGACGAGGGUUAUGAAAACGACGAUGAGGAGUCCGACUACGAUGAAGAAGAGAUGGAAUCUCCCGGAUGUGGUUCGGGAACGACAUUGGGUCUGUUCAAGGAGAAGAUUAUCGGGGUGCUGAGAAGUGGUGGUUUUGAAGAUAAGAGACCUGUAAAGAUGAAGAAUGAAGAGUUGCUGGAGUUACUUUCGUUGCUCAAUCAAUCUGGUGUUUUUUUCCAUAACCAAGCAGAUGAUAGGCAACUUCAUUCAUUUUGCUACUGAAACUGAGUUUUGUUCAAAGAGGAAGGUAGGGCGAAGAGGCACGGGGAGACCAGUGCUGCACUUUUGAGAGCGACAUUGUAGAUUGCCCUGUGAAAUAUUGUAUUUAAGCCUAAAACAUAUUAGCACUGGGCUGUUAGCCGGGAGAGUUUAGACCGACCGUGUGGAUUAUAAUAAUGGAUAUGAUAGAUGUCCAUAGCUACAUGUGGCAUGUGUUUUUCUUUUAUGAAUUGCUAUUUGCCGCCCGUACUUUUACUAUUUGCCGCCCGUAGUUACAAAAAAUUGGACAAUUUUGCCCCUUCUCCAUUUCAAAAACCCUAAACCUAUCAAUUCCCUAACCCAACUCUCCCACCCUUCCGCCUCCACCCUCCAACCAUUGUCGUCGGCCACUGCAACCUCCUUGCCGGAUCAGAGAUGGUGGUCGUCGCCGGGCACAGAGAUGGAUGGUCAGGCGCCUGCAAUCGGACAAGGUCCGCCCACCGACGACGGACGGGGUCCGCCCACUCGCGACGGACGGGGUUCGCUCGCUCUCGUCGGACGGGGUCCGCCCUCCAACGUCGGACCGGUGCCUGGCGUACGUUUCCCGGCGGCGGACUUGUCGCCGGUGACUUUUUCUUUCCCAAAAAUUGAUUAAUGAUUAUGGAUUCAUAAUUAAUAUUUAGUUUUUAAAUAUUGUUUUAAAUUAUUACUAAAUACCAAAAUUCUUUAAUUAACCCACUAAUUCAUCCGUUUCCGCAAUUAACAACCAUUUGUUAUAAAACUAAUGGAAAUGUAAGCAACUACAAGAGAGGAUUGGAGGAGGAAAGACACAAAAGAAGUGAGGGGAAUAGUCCUUCUUAUUCAUGUAUUCCUUAGUACAAGGAGAUCAUAUAUUUAUAGGCAUACAUCACAUAACCCCUACAUUCUUACAAUCAAUAUACAUGAAUGUGAGAAUGAAUGUGAAAUAUAAAUGGGGUGGGGGGUUACAUGUAACACCCAAUUGUGCAUCUAAUGUGUCAUAUGAAGAAAUAAAUAUAAGGAGAUGAGUUACAUAGAACUUGUAACAUACCAUGGAGCAUCUAAUGUUGGUCAUCCAUAAUGAUAAUAAUAUUUUCAUAACACUCCCCCUUGGAUGACCAUUAGACAUGAAUAUGCCUCGUUAAAACCUUACUAGGAAAAACCCUGUGGGAUAAAAUCCUAGUGAAGGAAAAAGAGUACAUAAUCAUCAUAAUACGCUAUUUGAAUCUGCCUCGUUAAAAACCUUACCAGGAAAACCCAGUGGGAAAAACCAUGGUUAAGGAAAAAAGAGUGCAGUGCGUAUAUGCUCCCCCUCAUGACAACAUCAAUAGUGUUGUGAACAAAUCUUUCAAAUAUUGUCAUGGUAAGCUUAUUAGUGAACAAAUCUUCUAGAUUGUCACUUUAUGCAUGAUCCAUUAGAACCAUUUUCUUCAUACAUGAUCUUCAGGAUCAUUUGCUAUGAAUAUAAUCCACAACCAUAAGUCAUUUAGACAUGUUGGAUCACAAAUUUUAACCAAACAAUUCAUAACAAGUCUCAUGAAUUGUUGACCAUUGUGCAUGAUCAGAUGAUGUUGCUAUUGUGAUUUCUUUGGAAUCUCCAUGAGACACUUGAACGAGCAUAUGUAAACAAAUUACUCAUCUAUGAUCAUCAUCAUACCUAUAGUAACGAAGUAUAACUCAAUGAAGUAUAGCGAGAUACAUUUUCUCUCUAACGACAUUAACAUACGAUACUACAGGACCGAAUAAUUCACUUUUAUCUCAAUGCCUAAAUUGAUCUUUGUAGUUUGUUCACUUCUAGUGACCUUAUGAUCAUUAGGCUGUUGAACAUAUGGAAAUUUUUUCAUACAAAAUUGUUCUUUCACUUUUCCGACAUUGUCUUCCUGAUUCAAAAAGAAUCUUCUUAAAUCCUCCAUGUUCAAUUUUCUUUCUUUAAGCAAACCAUGUUUUAUGAAGCUCUUCUGGAGUUCAUAUCAACUAAAACAUAUGAGAUCAUUAUAAAAUAAUGUCUCGAUUCUUUUCUUCCAAAUAACUAUAAAACUUAGUUAACACAAUUGUAUGCAAACAAUUACUUCAUAACACAAGGUCACAAGCAAAAGGCACGUCAUACACACAACAUCACUUAACCAAACCACAUUCAUAAAUCAAACUCAUAACUAAAAUCACAAUAUCACGCACAUAAGCCUAUAUGUCAUUACACAAUCACACAUGCCAAAUGCAAAUGCUCUAAUGCACUUUAUUCGAAUUUAAUCACGCAAGGCUUAUUCGACCACUUCCUUUAGUAGAUAUUCACUUAGAUGAAUAUACCAUAUUCAUCCAUUUUAUCUCAAUCCAUAAAAAGGAUUGUUUUAUCGAUCGAUAUUGUUCUCGAGAACUUCACAUGUUUGCUUCCGGCAAACUAAUCCUUCAAGGAGUUUCGUAUAAAUAUCAUUAUCAAGGGAUCCUUACAAAUAGGCUAUCACAAUAUCUACCAAAAUGCAAAUUUCAUACUUUUUGAACUGCCAAACUAUUUAAAUUGCACAACAUAGUUGCAUCCACCACAAGAGAGUAUUUCCUCUCAUAAUUAAUGUUAGGUUUCUACGAGAAAUCUCUUAUGAGAAAUUGUGUUAUAUCUCACAAUUUUCACACGCGUUUGCACAAAAUCCAUUUGUAUCCCUUUAGUUUUACAUCUUCAGGUGUAAAGACUUCUGGUCCAAAACUUAUACCAAAUAGCCUAAUGCUUUCUUUUAUAUUGGCCAAUAUAUAUUCCUUUGCAUGCAUCAAUAGACUUUUACUUUUGAUCAUCUUUGUAUCUAUCACGUUUAGUGCUACAGCAUAAUCAAAACCCUUGUCGACAAUAAAUACACUUCGGUUCC